UCGUGCGUAAAACAAAAAUGGCGGAAGAUGAAGCAGCAGCGAACACUGUGGAGGAACCACUCGAUCUCAUACGUCUGAGUCUGGAUGAGAGGAUUUACGUAAAACUUAGGAACGAUAGAGAACUCAGGGGAAAACUCCACGCUUAUGAUCAGCAUCUUAAUAUGAUCUUGAGCGAGGUUGAGGAAACCAUUACAACUGUAGAAAUAGAUGAAGAAACAUAUGAAGAACUCUUCAAGACAACAAAAAGGAAUAUUCCAAUGCUGUUUGUGAGGGGAGAUGGAGUCAUCUUAGUCUCACCACCAUUACGUGUUGGACUUUGAAAUCACCAAUAUGGCUGCUUUCAUCUAAAAAUCAGUACACACAGAAGUAGUAAAGGCUUUCUCAAAAGUAUUGUAUUUAUUGCUUUGAUAUUCAUACAUUUUUCUAAAAAAGUUCAAGUCUAAAUAAAAGGAUAAUAACAUUU